AUGAAAAGCGGAAGGGAGGCACUCCUCGCUGACCGUCUCGUCUGUCCCCAGUAUGGCGCCUACCAUCACAACUCGGUCAACGUUGCCAUUCACAUGGUCUGCGUACCGAUGAUUCUGGUUUCUGCCUUUUGCAUGGCCACCUAUACCGGCACGCUGAUCCAACUGCCCCCCUGGCUCACCGUUCCCUAUCUCGACCUCAACCUAGGCACCAUCGCCGCCGUGCUCUAUGCAGGACUCUACGUGCUACUAGAGCCGGUCGCUGGCUUCGUUCUUGCUGCCUUCUGCGUCGGUAGCACCGCCUUUGUCAACCAUAUGCGCCUCGAGGAUCCCAAGGCAACCUUCCAGGCCGCUCUCGUGGUCCAUGUGGCCUCUUGGAUUGCCCAGUUCAUCGGCCACGGUGCCUUUGAGGGCCGUGCGCCAGCACUGCUGGACAACCUCGUUCAGGCUCUUUUCCUCGCCCCCAUGUUUGUCUGGCUUGAGGUGCUCUUCAAGCUCGGCUACCGCAAGGAGCUCCAGAGCCGUGUCGAAAAGCAGGUUCAAGUCGAAAUUGCAAAGUUCCAGCAGGAGAAGAAAAAUGGAAAGGCGCACUAA